GAAUGAGAAAAGAAAAUAAAUAAAUAAACAAAUAAACACAGUGAUAACACGCAACGUCGCCGGAAUACGGGAUUUCUUUUCAGAAAUGAUUUUCAGCGGACUUCAGGAUGGAAUCGGUUGAUUUGAAACGUUGAAUUCGAACGUUUUUAACGUACCGAUUAUCGAACUUUUCUUUUAUAUUCUUAAAAGAAAAUAAAAUUUAUCUAUACAUAUAUAUACUUAUAUAUAUGUAUAUAUAUAUAUAAAUAUAUUCGUACAGACGUACACAUAAAUCGGAUGAGACGAAGAAGACGGUUUAUAAUUGAGAAAGGCGGUGUUAAAACAAGCUGAGCCGCUGGCGUUGAGUGACAAGGACAAGUUUUUAUCCCCGAACGAAGAAGAUCGACUCGCCGAGAAGAAUUUCGCGAAACAAGGAAAACAAAGAAGAAAAAAAAAUAAUAAUCUGGGAUAAAGAAAAGAGAGAGAAGAAGAAGGAGAAAGAAAAAAAUAAAAAAUACCGAGAGAGAGAGAGAGAGAAAGAGUAAAGUACGCGAAAGAAAAAGUCCCCGAAAAAAUCGAGUGUGCGAAAUUUAUUUCAACGGGGACGAAAUGCAGUUAUCGUCCAAUUUUCAACGCUUGUACGCGCAUCGUGUUAAUCGUCGCAGAGAAAAAUUGCAACGAUCGACGAUAUCGAGAUAGGAUAGAGAAAAUUAUCGAUUCGUAAGAAAUCUGAAAUAUAUAUAUAUACACAUAAAUAUAGCCUGCGAGAAAAGAAAGAGAAAAACGAAAGAUGAAGAUAAAAAGAAGAGAUGAGAGAAUUCAUCGUUAACGGGUGAGAAAAGUUAGAAGAGGGGUGAAGAGAAGAAGCGAUUUUCUAUCUCGAUCGGAAAAUCGCAGGGGGGUGGGGAGGGGGCGAAAAUGGAUCCGAUGAAAUUUCUCCUGAUGAGCGCUACGAUUUUUGGACUAUACUCGACGGACAACGGAUGCGUGGCUAUACUGACGAAUUCCGUCAACAGAUGCGACGCACCGCCUUGCAGAUGCGACGUUUUCGCGAGGCUGACUUGCGACUGCGAUAACGAACCAGAGGAGCUGGUCCUAACGACGGAAGGCGAUCGAAGACUGAGUCCGCAUACGACGCGAAUAAUGAUAUCAAACUGCCCGUCGGUGAGGCUGGUGAAUUCAAGUCUUACCUCGAUGGGAGGUCUGCGAGCGAUAAGCUUCGAGAACAUCGGCAACCUGACGUUGUACCCUCAGAGUUUCGAGCUUGCGACGCGCGAUACGCCGGCGAAGAUAUCGAUAACGAACAGCAGCAUGGACCUUCUCCCUAGUUUCACGUUCAAGGGUGACGUGGAGGUGAUCCACCUCCAAAACGUCAGGAUCGGUCAGGUGAACGCUUUCGCCUUUUCGAACCUCGUGGGUACGGAAACAAUGACACUCGAUAACUGCGUUAUAGAUACAAUGGAGGCGCAAGCUUUCAAGAAAUUCGACGUCGGCUAUCUUCACGUGAUCGGCGGAACGUUCGGCGAUGUUGUGCCGAGUAGAGCGAUGAACGACAUCGAGGUAACGAGCAAGUUCAUGCUGGACGGUGUGCGAAUGGGAACGGUGCGAAGUUCGGCGUUUAUAAUAAGAAGGCCGAGAACCGUUGCGAUACAAAACUGCGAUUUCGGAACAAUCGAGGGUCAGGCGUUCAGCGUAACGACGACAGGCGCUGUCAUAAUGAAGAACAACACGUUCGGCAACCUGAACGUAGGCGCGUUUCUCGACAUAAAAACAGACCCGGAAUACCAGUCGUACCACAACAACAACAACAACAACGGAAGGCUGAACGAUCUGAUAUUCAAAAACAACAGCAUCAAGACAUUCGAGGAAGGCUCGGUUAUGUUCGACAGAGGAAGUUUUCGUCCGGAAUUGGACGGGAUAUUGGUAAACCAUAAUUGCGAGUGUUCAGCGAUUCCGGUUUGGCGAGGAAACGUGUUAAACUACAGUAACGUAUACGCGAAAUUUUACUCAAUGAGCGUACCGGAUGAACCGAUAAACGUCGGUCCGGAAACGUUUCUCUGUCUAGAUUCCGACGCUGACUUCACGCCGGUAACAUUCAACGAAUAUGAGGCGAGAUACUGCUCGAUAAGCAAUUCCACCCUCUUGUUCGUACUGGUUCUAGUCGGUUCUAUCGUAGCUUUGCUAGUCGGCGGUUUUCUAAUCGUUUGGUGCUGCCGCAGGCAGCGUGAAAAUAACCAGAAACGCUGGAUAAGCGUGCCGACGAACGCUCCUGACGUUGUUUCAAAGAAGAACGGCGUCAUCGCCAGGGACGCUCCGGUUGACAGCAGGAUAACGAUGGUCGUGCCCGACGGACGCGUUUACAGAGAAACCGAGUUUCAUGUGAUUGUUGAAAAGGCUGAACCGUUGACCACAGAAUUAUAAAAUACCUAUCGAUAAUAACAACAACAACAACAACAACAACAACAACAACAGUAGUAAUAAUAAUAUCGAUAACGACGAUAAUAAUUAUUUACAUAUACGGUUAUAUCACGAUAAGGAUUACAUUAUAAUAAAUAAUAUUACGUAUAGAUGCGUAAAUUAUUACUCACAUUGUAGAAAAAGUCUGUAAAAUAUUUAGUACGUAUGUUAUAAAAUUAUAUUUAUAUUAUUAUUAUUAUUAUUAUUAUUAUUAUUAUUAUUAUUAUUAUUAUUAUUAUCAUCAUAGUAUACAAGUUUUAUCAUCAAUACGAAAUUCAUUUAUUUUUUCUAAAUACGAAAACAUAUGUGUAUGCCUAUAUUAUCGUCGUCGUUUUUAUAUUAGGAAUAGAGUAUGUAUUAUAUUAUUAUAAUUUCGGAGACAUUAUCUCGAUAUUUCGUCCGAAAUCAUUAGAAAGUUUUAUAUUUUGCAACAGUAGAGUCGAUCGCAAAUCGUUCAAACAAUUUACACCGCGUAUCCAUCUAAUAUCCUGCACAUAUCACUGACAGAUUGAUUGUAACAACUUCUCAAAACAUAUAUAUACAUGUGUAUAAUUGUUGUUAUAUGAUACGAUUACCUCGCGGAAAAAAUUAAUAACAACGCAUUUAUAUUCGCGCGCCCAUUUGCAAUUUAGCUAAUCUAUACGAUAUACGGACAUGUGUAUAGGUGUUAUGUAACAACUUUCUAAAUUUGUUUUCGCAACGCGUCAAGUUUUUUACUCGACUAUAGAGAUGAAGAUUGUGUAACGUACGAGGAAAUUGGACUAUUUUCGUAAAAGAUUCUCCAACGACGACAGCAACAGCAACAAAAACUGAUAUCCGCGUUAUUCGCAAAUAUUAAUAUGUAUAUACUUUGAAGAGAUUGCGUAAGAAGAACAGGGAGAUGAAGAUGAAGGAGAAAAAGAGCCAGUCUUUGUGUGAUUUAGAUUAUAAGGUUAGCGUCGGAAAAGGGGACGAGAAAAAGAAUGAAAGAAAAUAAGAGAAAAGAAGACAAAUACAACAACAAAAGUGAUGAGAAAUGCACAAACUCGUCGAUGUGUGAAAUACAUCUUCGAGAUACUUUUCGUAUUUUUGUAUAGUUGAAUGAAAUAUUCAUUACAGGUAUCGCUAUCGUUGUGUUGUUGUUGUUGUUGUUAUUGUUAUUAUUAUUAUUAUUAUUAUCAUUGUUAAUGUUAUCAUUAUAUUAUACGCUCGGACUUUGAGCGAAUCUGGUGUAUAUAAUAUUUAUUGUUUCAGUGCCACAUAUCUGUGUGUAUUAUUGUUACUGUAUCGUGAGUAUUUACGUAAACGUGUCAUUCCUAAACGUAUUCAUUGUUUAUACUUUAUUAUCGUCAUUAUACUGUAUUAAUUUCACCGUUUCGAAUCAAUUGAAACUGCCGAAGUUAUACGCAUAAUGUGUAAAUUCAGAGAGAGUUACGAUAUCUCUUUUUCGUUUGAAACUAUAUUUAGUUAGUUAUAAUCUGAAGAUAGUUCAAAGCUCAACAAUUUUUUAAUUCUCGAUUAUCACAGAGACGGUACAUACAUGCACACGUUUUACCGCAAUUUAGAAGAAGCGCGUCACGCGAGAUUUAUCUAUAGUUUUAUAUCUGAUCACGAAUCGUUAACUCUCGUCGAAUUAGAAGAGAUUAUGAAACAAAUAGCUGCCGAAUAAGAAAACAUCGCGCAACCGAUUUUUAAAAGAACACGAGAAAAGGAUUUGACUUUCGUUAAAUUCUUUACGAUAUCGCUUCGAACUGAUUAUUUGCGCCAUAUUUCUAAGUGUACAAAGUUUUUCAAGUACCUAUUUACCUAUAACAAUUAACGAAGUUGUAUUUAAAGCACUUCAAUUACUGUACCUCAUGUCUCCCCUAGAGAAAUAAAAUAAUUAGUUAGUUAAUCGAUCAAGUGCAGAAACAGGCUCGCGAGAUACAUGAAAGAGAACGCAAAAUGCGAAAUUACGCAUCAACGCGCAACGGCUCGGAGUUGUAAGAUUAUUUUCAAUUGCACGUGAUAUUCGUCGAUUAGCCAAACAGCGAGACGCUACACGGGAAUCAUAAAUGGUAACGAGAACUGUCUAACGAACACCUUGAACGCAAUCAAAGUGAGAAUAUCGUUAGCAGUGUGGAUCUAAUUUAAGAGAACACGAAUAAUAACAAUAAUAAUAAUAAUGAUAACGCAAGAAAAAUAAAUUGUGUCGUCUAGUAGUGAUUAAGAUUUUUGUAAUAAUCAUUUAGCUGUAAUUAUCAUGACUGUGAUAUAACGACAGCCAACUUGUACAACAUAUAAUUGUUUUACAUACUGAAUUCACGCAUUAUUAAUAAAGAAAUCUUCAAAAUUAA